UCAUCGAGGCAAAGUUACGAUUUAUUGAGUGCUGAAAAUAAUUGUAACAUUUUACUAAAAGAAUUAGCAGUAAUGUUAUAGGAAUUUGUCAUUGAAGAAAACCUUUUUCUAAAAUCUCAGUAAUUUUUUUCUAGAUAAACAUCAGUGAAUAUGAGUGCAUUAAAAGAGAAGUUACUGGACAUGCGUCUUCAACAGAGGCCAGUUACAUCAGCCCUGUUGAUGUUGGUAGUUCUGCUGCUACUGCUUGCCAUCAGCUGUCUUUUUCUGCGCUUUGAAGAACAAGAAAUAGAAGAUCGAAUCCUUUUCUCUGAUGACAAGAUUCAACAUCUAGCCGAAGACCAGCAAAAUAAUAGAGAAAAAGAAGGUUCAGUGGUGGUGAAAGAAGCUCCCGAAACACGUGUUUCAGAUGGUGGAAGUACUGAAAAAUUAAGUGGCCAACGAAAAGAAGAAAUUAAAUAUCUGGGCGGUCGAGAGGCUGUUGUUUCUGGGACCAACGUUUUAGAUAGAGGUAUUUUUAACACACGAGCUGACAUUUCGAAUGAUCACAGGAACCCUUUACUGACAAGCGAUCAAGGGUUUCCCUUGGGUGAUACUUUUUUCGGGAACGAAACUACUGACAACAAUCCGUUGUUCAUCCAACACGACCCGCUCCCUCCUUCACAAGACGAUCGAACCGAAAGUAACGAACCUGAGGACACAGGUAAUCCAGGUUUAAUUCUUUAUUUAGAAGAGCCUGGGAUGCAUGUGAAGAUUCCCGACAGCGCGUGGACGUCGUCGGGCGUGCAGUUGUCCGACAUCGAAAUUAUGGAAAGUGGAGCCGAAGUAGUAAGUCCCGUGCUGCGGUUGUCGGUGCUGGAUCCCAUCCUGAGCCAGAUUAAAGUGCUGGACGGCCGGGAGAGGAAAGGCAGAACAACGAACCUGGCCAGUUUGCACUCAAGCACUCGAAUAAGGCUGAAUGCUGAUGACUACCGAAAACUGUUGCAUCAACAAGGUUCUGAAAAGUACGAGUCGGGAUACCAGGAUAAGGAUGACCUCGUACAAACUGUUACAGACGACGACAGCUUAUUAGUGGCUUGGGCACCCGAAAAUGAUUCCUUGCAUGACUCUAACCAAAACGACCGUGUCCACUCGCUGUCUCAUAAAACUGCUGCAGUUACUGAGUCCUAUCUUGAAGUCAAACAAUUGGAUGAAGCUGAAGAAAAAAGCCGCAAGGGAGUUGGGGGAACCGCCGCAUCAACCACCGAAAACUCGGAAAUUUAUCAUCGUAAAGCUGCAAAUGAUUUGAGCAGUGAAGUCCGUAUUGUCAAAUCUGAGUCAGAUUCAUCAGGAAAUACUUCUCACCCAGAAGGGUUUUCUACAAAGGCAGUUGUGCGUAGAGGUUUACUUCUACCCGAAGUCAAAUCUCGUCGAAAAAGGGCUCUCACUUUUUUCAGAAUUUCGGGCGGUGGCGCGAGGCAUUUGAGGGACGUACCCUUGGGUCCACUUCCCCCUCCCAGCGACUACACGCCUUCGUAUGGCAUUCGAAACUCUACAGUAAAUCCGGAGAUGAAACGUCAAAGACUCAAUCAAAUCCUCUCUGGAGUGAACGAAGAAGCUUUGCCUAAAAUUCAACCACUUCUACUUCCAUCAUCAAAUACAAGCAUGUUUCUUCCAGAUAUGUUAAAUCUGACUCUCCCAACUCUACCUCCAUUGAUAGAUCCCAAAGAGUUAGCAGACUUUUUCACCAUCCCUCCUAUAGAAGAAUGGUUUAAAAUACCAAACAAGACCUCAACAAUUAAUUGGACACUGCCUGAUCCCGAUCCUCUGAAAUUAUUUGCGCAUUUUACUUCUACAAGUGCCCCAGUAUUAGAGCUAGCAGAUUCAAGCCCCAGUGAUUUAGGUACUACAGAAAAAACUAUAGAUCCCUCGCGACUAUUUUCUCUGAUGAGAGGUGAAAUUUCAGCCACUGAUGGUGGAUUACUUUCCGCUUUUCAAAAUGUCAUGAAAAAUGGAGACAUCGCGGCAUUGCAAUCAGCAAUGGAACUGAAUACGAAUCAAUCAGCAGCUUCGAACUCAUCUGCAGUCGAUAUUUUUGAAGCACUCAGACUGAAAUUCAGUCCCCAGUCUGAAGAGGAAACUACUUCCUCCGACGGCUUGGAGUUUUUCAGGAACAUCACGAAUUUUUUCAAUAAUAAAAAUGUGUCUAACUUUCAGGAUACUUCAAUACAAAACGUUAGUGAUUCACAAACCGUAUCCAACAUGGAAUCAGUAAUCGGAAUCAAAUUAGGAGGUUUGCUUGCGAACAAAAACUCUUCUGAUGCAAUGAUGAAUACGUUGAAAAGUGUAUUCCCACAAUUGAGUGAAAUGCCAAACGCCACAACUCUCUCGUUGCUGCCUGGUUUGAGCACGAUUGCUGCAGCCAUGAAAUCCGCGACUAAUUCGUCCUCUUACGAUGAGAAGGGUAACACAACCGAGCAGUCCUCGGCGCUUCCAGUUGAACUAAGUUUCGAACACUUCCUCGCUAAAUUUACUCCGGCCCCAGAAACGUCAUCACCCUCAUCGUCCGCUGCAACCGUAACACCUGCUUCACAAUUCGAUUCCGGUUUGCAAUCUUCUACCGUAAAGUCAGUCACAAAUUCAGACUUUUCAAAUUUAUUUUCUGGAAACGGCCAGACAGCGUCUCCUCCAAUUGACUUCCUGUCAUUCUUUCGGGGUCAACCAAAUUCAGUCUCAAUGUCCGCUCAAAUAGAUAAAAACACGAUGGCAUCAGUGAAUCAGAUGGUAAAAAAUGCACUUGGUGCAGGUUCCGAAACUAUGAGUCCAUCCAUUGCAGGACUGCUAUCCAAUACUAAUACAAGAACCAUGAAAAACAUGUUAGACGCCAUCAUGAAAACUACGGGAGUACAGUAUGAAAAUAAUAAACCAAUAAACAAUCAGCUUCAAGGGUUUUUAGAUGGUUUUUCGACUCCAUCGCUGUCAGUAGAACCUAACUUGGUGGUCACCAAGCCUCUACCAACAAACCCCUUAGACUUUUCGAACCUGUUCGGUAUCAAUGCAAACAAACCAUCUUUAAAUGAAGCAUCAGGUGCGAAUCCUGCUCUACCCUCCAGAGGAUAUUUACCACCGCUAAUAGGAAUGCAAUCUUCAGUCCAGAUGCAGAAUGGCUAUCAGGACAUGAGUGCUCUGCUGUCCAAUGCUUUCAGAAAAAGUUUAUUGAUCUCUCCGGCAUUGCAUUCGCUGGCCCCAGGUAAUCGUCAGAAUAUAUUUGGACUUCCGUCAUUGCAACUGGAUUCAAACGCCAAAUCACUGACGAAUUCUGACAACCUAGGUCGAAUGGACACACGUGCGCAAUCAAAUGCAGACGGAAGCAAUAAAUCACUAAAAAAUGAUCACGAUGAUAUUCCACAGGAUGAUUCAGCCAGUGAUAUGUUGUCUAACCUUGACGGGAACAUUAAUGGACUUCGUCGUAUGAUGUUUCUCCCAUUCAGCUCUCAUCAUCAUGGAUCAGAGCGUAAUAGACGAAGUGACUCGGUGAAUUUGUUUGGCUCGGUUAAUUCUAACACAUUUCAUCAUAAUAGACCUGGUCACCCAAUGAAAGGACCGUCAGUUGAGGAAGUAAGGCCACUGCUAUCUUUCUCAGCUAACGACAAAGAAGCCAGUCAUCUAUUACGACUCAGUAAUGAAAGAGGGAAUAAUGGACACCAUUUCAUUGAAAAAUCACCUCAAACAGAGGCGGGAAUUCAACGCCCUGCUAAUCUAUUUCAGCAUGGCAGAAAUACACAAACUUAUUUGAACAACUUGAAUAAUAUCUCUCCAUCAAAGUUCAAUGAUUUGAUGUCAGCUGGAAUGUCUCAAGAAGUUCUGCAAAACAUGUUGCGAGUUAUGAGAUUGGCACAGUUACAAAGGCCGACAAGAACUGAAUUUGCGUCGCAUAAUGUACCAAUUUAUCCUGCAGUGCGCUACUCUCGUACUAAAGACCAAAAUGACGGGACUCCAUUGAACAUUAGGGUUGGACGCACUCUCUUCGGUAAUGAUGCAACAACCUCCACCACUCCGGAUCCGACGUUACCCCAGAAUGUAUCGCUUUGGCCUUUCCCAACGUAUUCAAAAACUUCUACAACCCCAAUUCCAACAACCUCAACUUCAACUCCUGCACCAUUCACUUUUCCAACCCUUCCACCAUUUACUUUUCCAACCCUCCCAUCAUUGCCCACAUUGCCACCAAUUACUACUCUACCUCCACCAGCUGCCUCCAAUACCACGGAGGAUGGUUUUUCGGCAUUCCUUGGAGAACAAGCAACAAAGAUGAGUAGUUUUUUUGAGCGUAUGUCCAACUUUAGCGUGGAUGCGGUGACCGUAUUACGGGACACAGGUACGGUGGUUACGGCGUUAGGGUCAGCUGCGUCUCGAACGAUCAACGCGUUUGUUGACGUCGCUCAGUUGCUAGAACCAGUCACCAACCUCAUCGCUCGUAAGAUUCAGGAGUCGGAGAAUGAGGGCAAAACUACGACCACCACUGAACAACCGAGAAGCUAUAACGCAUAUCAAAGACCGCGUCCUCUACCCGAUAAUUCAGUCUAUUUUCAGUAAUUUUUGUUUGAUAUGGAUAGGGUGCGUAAUUCUAUUCACACAAACAAAUUCAUUUGACAAAUUCAUUUCAGCUGCUGAAUUGUUAAAAAUAAUUUACAUCGGCGAAAUAAAAUGUUGCGUUUAACUUUUCCUUUAAUAUAGGAACGAUUCUCUGUCAGUUUUUUUUUUAUAAUAUACUUUGACACUAUGUACACUUGAUUAUGAUUUGAAUAAACGAAGCCAUGAGCAGAAAUACUCAUUUUAUGGAUUAUUUCGAAAAAUUUCCCUCUCUCGUGAAAUGUCUCAGAGGAAGCUUGAACUUGAUAGCAAAUUAUUCAUUUGCCAAAAGAUUACCAUUAAACUGGAUGCUGAUAAUACAACUUUACUUCAUAAAACCGUUUAUGAGCCAUGUGAUCACUUGAUCAGUGGAAAAUGUUUAUUAAAAGUAUGAAGAUUUGUUAGCUAAUGCCAAGUUGUUCUGGCGAGGCAAUGUAUUUUCAAAAUGCGAGCAUUGGAAAAGAACAGUAAUGGUAAUUAAUUACUGGCAACAUUAACAAGGUUUAAGGUAAGACAAAUAAAAUUCAUUGAUAAAUCCUUGGUCC